CUCAACGGGAGAGGUCGCGCGCUCGCGAAACCGUGUUCUAUUGUGUUUGGUGAUUUUUCUCAUAAUUACCCUAAAAUUAUUUAGUUUAGGCUCUAAUAUUUAUUCUCUUUAUUUGAGAAAAUUUUGACUCUCCCGUCUUGGUGUGGUGCGUACAGUUUUUCCGUUGGUAUUUUUUCGCCGGCUCUACAAGUGAAAAAAAAUGAGCUCUCGCUCUCCAUGCAUUCUAACCUCUCCAAGUGUUUUUGUAUACAACUGUGAGUGAAUAAUUCAUCAAUUUUGUUCGUGUUCGUCUUAUCGUUUGGUACGGAGUAAGUUUUUUGCAAUGGAAGAUGCCAUUUACGCUCUCUACAAGUGAUAAUCGUCCGCGGUUCUGGUCGCAAUUAUGGUGGGUGCGUUGGAGGUCAAAAUGUGCCCACGAUUGCCCAUGUUCAUUUUUCUCCUGAUGGAGAGCUCUCUGCUUGUUGCAAGCAGCAUGAUCACUACGAGGGUUAGUGAAAAAGACAGCCUCCCGCACCAUGGUCGCUGUGAACCCAUCACCAUCCCGUUUUGCAUGGAUAUUCCGUACAAUGAAACCAUUAUGCCCAAUAUUCUGAACCAUCAGAAGCAGGAUGAUGCAGGUUACGAAGUCCACCAAUUCUUCCCAUUGGUGAAGAUCAAGUGUAGCCGGGAUCUUCAGUUUUUCCUGUGCUCGGUUUAUGUUCCUGUUUGCACAAUUUUGGAGAAUCCAAUUCCUCCGUGUAGGUCGCUGUGUCUUUCAGCCAAAAAUGGAUGUGAAGAUCUGAUGAAGAAAUUUGGGUAUCCUUGGCCCGAAGAGUUGGAGUGUUCCAAGUUUCCAGUUGCCGGAGGGUCGGAUAUUUGUGUCGGUGAGAAUCAAACAUCAAGCUCCGGGGCCCCAUCCUCUGGUAAAAGUCCGAAUGGUCAUAAUACUCAGUUAUCUUUGGGUAGCGGUUAUUAUCCAGAAAGCGGUUAUUUACCUGGGUCUGCCGGAAGACCCAUUGGUGAUCAUGGUUCGAGUUAUCCUAUAAUUCCCAAAGAAGCCAAAAAUAUUGGUUUUGUGUGUCCACCCCCUUUUAAAGUCACGGAAGGCUACAAGUAUUCCCUCAAAGUUGGGGACAAAGUUGAAAAAGAUUGUGGAGCCCCGUGUGAUGGCAUGUUUUUCUCUGACAAGCAGAAAAAAUUUGUGCGGUUAUGGGUCGGUGUCUGGUCACUAUUGUGUGCUGCGUCUUGUUUGUUCACGGUUUUAACCUUCAUGAUCGAUACUGAUAGAUUUCGUUACCCCGAAAGGCCCAUAAUAUUCCUCUCUGUGUGUUAUCUAAUGGUGUCUCUAGCCUACGUCGUUGGCUUCAUUGCGGAUGAUUCGAUAGCUUGUCAGAAGUUUGGUGUUGGUGAUAAUCAAAGAUCAGUUAUUACACAAGGCACUCGACACGAACUGUGCACCAUUACAUUCAUGGUUCUUUACUUCUUCAGCAUGGCCUCCUCAAUAUGGUGGGUCAUCUUAACGCUUACAUGGUUCCUUGCCGCUGGAUUAAAAUGGGGCCAUGAAGCUAUCGAAGCCAACUCUCAGUAUUUCCACCUAGCCGCGUGGGCUGUACCUGCCAUUCAGACCAUCACGAUACUCGCAAUGCGCAAAGUUGAAGGGGACGUGCUGACGGGGGUCUGCUUCGUGGGGAUGUGGAACCCGGAGAGUCUGCGGGGCUUCGUGCUGAUCCCGUUGUUCGUGUACCUGGUGCUGGGGACGGUGUUCCUGCUGGCCGGCUUCGUCUCCCUCUUCCGGAUCCGGACGGUGAUGAAGCACGACGGGACGAAGACGGACAAGCUGGAGAAGCUCAUGAUCCGGAUCGGGGUGUUCAGCGUGUGCUACACGGUCCCCGCGCUCAUCGUCAUCGCGUGCCUCUUCUACGAGCAGGCCUACCUGGACCACUGGAUGCUCACCUGGAACCAGGAGGUGUGCCUCACCCACAUGGCCGUCCCGUGCCCGGUCGGCGAGCGCGCCAAGGACCUCGGCCGCAAGCCCGACCUCGAGAUCUUCAUGGUCAAGUACAUCAACCUCCUCAUCGUCGGCAUCGCCUCCAGCUUCUGGAUCUGGUCCGGCAAGACCUUCACCUCCUGGAAGGAGUUCUUCUACCACUUCCACGGCCGCAAGGUCCAGGCCUACGUCUAGCUACCCCGAGAGGCCCGAGACCCACCUCGAGUCUCGUCUCUUUAACCUACUUACCACCCUCCACGCAGGGCUCCUUAUUGGACUUGAUACACCAAGCUAUAGACAUAGCUAUAGACAAAGCUAUAGACAUAGCUAUA